AUGAAGGCAGUUCUGAGAGCUGCCGAAACUGGAAAUGAUCAGCUUAUAGACUUUCUAUUGUCCUCUUCUUUGGCGGACGCGGACCAACCUCCAAUUCCUGGGGGGACUGUGGUGUCCUCCACGCCUAUGUUAGCUGCUAUAGGUCGAGAGAAUAUCAAAGUUAUCGAGGUCCUCUUAAAACAGAAGAAUUUCAACCCCACACGUCAAUUCUGGGGGCUAACCUAUUAUGAAAUUGCCGAAAAACGUCGCGGGUCAGUCUGGGAAGACGAAGUACGCCUCCUGAAGCAUGCUUUCAACUAUGCAUACGAGCACCAGAACAGAAAGGCAAACAAUACAGAGCAAGUGAUAUCAAAAGUAGCAGCUAAUCGAUCGUGUUUAAGUCCUCUGAGUAUAUCGGGAGAGAACAUUAAUGAUAUAGGCUCGCAGGCUUAUCUUUACGACUGCACAUGGUGUCGAUAUUCUUUUAGCCACGAGAACCAGCUAAAAUUUCACCAAGAAAGAUGCUUUGCCCGUCCAUUCUCUAUCAAUGAUAAGUCAGAUUUGAGUCAUAAGAAAAUCGUUAUGCACUUAAGACUUCAAACAUCGAGCCUGAUUAGACCUAUACGAAUUCCUGUUCAUCCAACGCCUACCGCUCAAUAUUGUACUAUUCGUAGAACAGCUAGUGACCUCAACGUAUCAGCAUUAAUCAACAAACCGAGAUGCCACUCAGCUAGACCGCAGGGCCACAGCAAGAUGAUAGAUAUAGAUAUGACACAUCUGGGACCAUUGGAGAACGGCAUGCAUUCAGGGGGUUCGCUCAUUGGCUCGCCACUCGUCACCAAUGAUAAUUUUCAUGAGGAUCAUGGGGCGAUUAGGCUACCAGUUGACAACUACUGCUUCAUGGAGUACUCGCAGGAAAAUUCCCAGGUCUCCGAAGGCUAUCAUGCACAUGAACUUCCAAAAGCCGACUCAAUGUCCGAUUUAAGUACACCCCAAAUAUCAGCGUCAUCGGCGAGAAAUACCUCGGAAAUUACCAGUCCAUUUACGACACCUUCACAAGGUGAGUCUGAGGUUUCAGAGUCUUCGAUGAAUGAGAGCAGUGACGAUAGCCAUUAUGAGGAAGAUAGUUCCUUUGUUCAGCGGGCUGAGCGAAGGAGAACCUUACUCCGUGGUUUGAUGGAUAUGGUAUACUCUACAUAUACUCGUCUUGCUACUUCGGGUGUAAUGGAAGACGGAGAAUCCGGCCCAUCUAAUGCUCCUAGAGGAGGCUCGAUCUCCGCCAGCCCUUCUAACAAUCGACAAAACAAGGGUUAUGAUGCUAAGGGGAAACGCCCUCUACCAAGAGGUGACGGCAAUAACGGGGACGAGGAAGGUGAUGAUCAGCAACAACCAAAACGAAGAAAAUUAGCUACUUAUAAUGUUGGAACCAAUCCAGCAGAGAGAUUUGCAUGUCCAUAUUAUCAACGGAACCGUUAUCGACACCUACCAAGAAAUUACUCGCUCAAAGGAGCUUGUUACGGCCCUGGAUUUCAUUCGGUACAUCGAGUGAAGUGA